CAGCGCCUAUGUAUGUGUUUGUGAAACAUGUGAAGGGGAGGGAGAGGAUAGGUAGAGAAAGGGGCAAUUCCCAAACAACUGUCUACAACUCUGUUCAGCGACUGCCUCCUUUAAAUAAGCGCGAGUCUGCGUGUUGCACAUUUGCAAAGGUGAAAAAAUAUAGGCAGGUGGAAAAAAAAUAAACAGCGUGUUUCAAAUUACACGGGAAGACUGGAAAAGGUUGGGAGAGAACGGCAUCGGAGUGCAACGGUUUAAUGCUACAAAGUUGCCAUGAGCAUUUUAUUUUGAAAACAGUCGGAAUGAACCGUGGAUAACAACAAUAAUAAUAAUACAAGAGCUCAGUUGCACCAAACGCGGGUUCUGCGGUCCAUCAAGCAAUUUUCAAUGGAUAAACAGAACGGGAUACGGCAAACCGAGAACAAGCAAAGCCAGUUUGACAGAAGCCCUGCAAAGGAGCGGAUAGGCAGGAUUGAUCCUUACGGGUUUGAAAGAUCAGAAGACUUUGAUUAUGACUCUCAUGAAGAAUUUAUGUCCGUCUAUCUUGCCAUCCUCACUAGAAGGUCGAUCAAGUGGUCCAAACUUUUAAAGGGAAACAAUAAAGUGGUAAAAAAUAUAAAAGUGAAGAGGUAUGUAAGGAAAGGCAUUCCAAACGAGCACCGCUCCCUGAUCUGGAUGGCAGCGAGCGGGGCGCAGGCUCAGCUGGAGCAGAACCCGGGGUACUAUCGCAAGCUGCUGGAGGGAGAACGGGACCCCAGACUCGUGGACAUGAUCAAGACAGACAUGCACAGAACAUUUCCUGACAACGUACACUUUCGGAAAAAUGCUGAUCCCUGUUUGCAGCAGACCCUGUUCAACGUGCUGCUGGCGUAUGGGCAUCAUAAUUCAAAUGUGGGAUAUUGCCAGGGCAUGAAUUUUAUCGUGGGAUAUCUGAUCCUCAUCACGAAAGAUGAAGAGAAGUCUUUCUGGUUGUUAGAUGCUCUGUUGGGGAGAAUAUUACCUGAUUAUUACAGCCCGGCCAUGCUGGGACUGAAGACUGACCAGGAGGUGCUGGGAGAGCUGGUAAAACUGAAGGUCCCCGCCGUGGCAGAGCUAAUGGAGACGCACAACGUCAUGUGGACACUGGUGGUGUCGCGAUGGUUUAUCUGCCUCUUCAUCGACAUUCUUCCUGUAGAGACUGUUCUCCGUAUUUGGGACUGCUUAUUCUAUGAGGGAUCAAAAAUUAUCUUCCGCGUGGCCUUGACUUUAAUCAAGCAUAAUCAGGCUUACAUACAGCAGGCCACCAACUUCCCUGACAUCUGUGACAAGUUCAAGGAGAUUAUCAAGGGGGAGCUUGUGGAGGACUGUCACACAUUUAUGCAGAAAAUUUUCACAGUACCUGGCAGCCUGUCCAUGGCGACCAUUACCAAACUUCGGGAGACGUGCCAGGCAAACGUAAUUGCUCAGGGACUCUGAGUGUUUUCUAGUUUGGGAAACUAGACUUCUUACAUUCCUAGAUAAUGAUUUGCACUGUGUAACGAUUCACCAGCUUCCAUGACGGUUAGAGAAUCGACCAGUUUACGGCCUUUUGGGGGGGCGGGGCGGGGCGGGGAUUGUGUUGUACAUAUGAGUAGAGUUCAAGUUUUAUCACGUGACUGUAAAUUUAAUGUGUGUAAACAAAUUUAUACUGAUCUGAAUUAGUCUUAAGCCACAGAGAUGAAUAUUUCUGUGAAGAGUAAACAAGUCUUUAAUAUAAUUAGCUUUUUGUUGCGAUAACAGAAUGUAACUGUUUUUUUGAAGGCGUUGCAAUGUGGUAUAAAAUUAAAUUGCCGGUUGCACUACA